AUGCGCAAAUCCACAUUCUUUGUGGUGAGUACCAUCCAGGACCCCUUCCUUUCAGAACCCCAGGACUGGGGCUUCAAGCUGGUGUCCAGGGCAGGAGGGGAGCUGGGCCCGAGCUGGGCCAAAGACCCCAGAGCAUCCUCCAGGCGCCAGCGCAGAGGCCGGGUGCUGAAGUGCAGGCCCUGUGGGGAGCCGGGCUAUGGCCAGUACCCAGGCAGCGCUAGCCCGGCCCCGGGCAAGCGCAAGAAGGCCAGCCCAAGCGCGCAGUCCUUCGAGGAGCUGCAGAGCCAGCGCAUCCUGGCCAACGUGCGCGAGCGCCAGCGCACGCAGUCGCUCAACGAGGCCUUCGCCGCGCUGCGCAAGAUCAUUCCCACUCUGCCCUCGGACAAACUCAGCAAGAUCCAGACGCUGAAGCUGGCCGCCAGGUACAUAGACUUCCUCUACCAGGUCCUGCAGAGCGACGAGAUGGACAGUAAAAUGACCAGCUGCAGCUACGUGGCCCACGAGCGCCUCAGCUACGCCUUCUCCGUGUGGCGCAUGGAGGGCGCGUGGUCCAUGUCGGCCUCGCACUAGCGGGGCGCCC